AUGGGUGACGAGACUACAGACGCCGACGCCGCCGCCCUCAAGGCCCGCCUGGACUCCCUCAUCAAGGACGCCCAGGAGGCUGAAGAGCGGGCAGUGGCUGCCCGUCGCCGCGCCACCGCCGCUCGUGCCCUUCUGGAGGAGGAGGAGCAGAAGGCCGUCGCCCUGGAGACGGCUGCUGCUACUGCACGGCUGCUUGUGCCCGGUACGUCGUCCGGCACUGUCGUCACAUCGUCCUCGUCUUCCUACGAGGCCACCGUCGUCGCCGGUCUUCAUCUACAGGCAGCGUCCGUCCUCAACGUUCGCUCUCUCGUGAACAUCGUCCUCGACUCCACCUCCGUCAACUAUGCCAGUUGGCGUGACCUCAUGAUGCUGGCACUGGAGCGCUACGCCCUCCUCGACCACAUCGACUCGGACGUCGCCUCGUCUACCGAUCCGGGCUGGCGCCGGAUGGACAGCGUCGUCCUCAACUGGAUCAGCAAUUCCAUCACCCCGGAGCUUCAUCAAGUCGUUCAGGAGCGUGGUGCCACCGCGCGCCACCUGUGGCUCGCUAUCGAGAACCAGUUUCUUGGUAACCGCGAGCAGCGCACCCUUCAUCUUGACGCUGCUUUUCGUAACUUUGUCCAGGGCGAUCUCUCCGUGAGCGAGUACUGCCGCAAAUUCAAGAACAUGGCGGAUGCUCUGGCCGACCUCGGCUCGCCUGUCGACGAGCGGAUCCUCGUCCUCAAUAUCCUCCGCGGUCUGAACCGACGGUUCGAGCACGUCGGCGCCAUCAUUCGGCGCUACUCUCCGUUCCCGUCCUUCCUAAAGGCGCGGGACGACUUGAUCCUGGAGGAGCUUCACAUGGGCAGCGUGGGUCCCUCUGCUGAUGCUACGGCGCUCUACUCCUGUUCUGCUGACAGGCCGCCUUCUUCCGCACCCGGCCCUCCGUCCCGCUCCGGCGGUACCGGCAGGAAGGGCAAGACCAAGAAGGCCGCCGGCAGUGGUGGCGGUCGCGGUGGUACCUCCGGCCACUCCACUUCGACUCCUCCCGCUCCCUCCGGCCCCGACGGCAAGGCGUCCUCCUCUGGGCCGACUUACGUCAACCCAUGGCAGGGCCACUUCGCGAUGUACCCCGGCCCGCUUCCAGGCAACCUUCAGCGCCCGCAGGUCCUGAUGGCUGCGCCAGGCUACUACAUGCCCCCAGGCUACAUGCCUGGGCCACAGCAGCAGGCGGCGCACCCCCCUAUGGCUCUCGCCGGAGGUCCGGCAGGUGGUCCGGUCUCCUGGUCCCCGUGGACUGGUCCGGGCUGGGACCAGCAGUCACUGGCCAACUCCUUCAGCACCAUGGCGCUUACUCCGCCACCCACUUCUACCCAGGACUGGGUGGCCGAUUCUGGAGCUUCACAUCACUCCACUCCCUCAGCUGGAUCUCACUACGAAGAACGUGAUCGUCAGGUCGAAUAG